UUUUGUUCGAAGGUUAAUUGUUCCUUCUACCAGCUAUAUAAACUGUUUGGGGUGCUGCUUAGAGGCAUAGUCACAUCUGAACUGUCAUCUAAGGAAAACAUGAAUACCUUGGCCGCAGUACUUUUCGUAGUAGGCUUAGCCUAUGCUCAUGCUGGUCUCUGGGGAGGAGCCCUUGUUGGUCCCGGAAACCCAGGAGCAGCUAUCAAAGGACCAGCUGCUGGUGGUACCGUUGUUGGACCUGAUGGCAGUGUUGUAUCCGGUGGUGGUGAUGCUGGAGCUGUCGCUGCUGCUCCAAUUCCCGGAGGUGUUGUAACUGGAGCCGUCGCCCCUGGAGGAAUCGCUGUUGGACACGGUGGAUGGGGAUGGGGAGGUUGGGGUGGCGCUGUAGCACCAACCGCUUGGGGUGGUCCAUGGGGAGGAUGGCACGGUGGUUGGCAUGGAUGGUAAAUGGUAAAAUUAACCAUUACCUCCUACUUUCUAUUGCUCCCUUCGUCUUUUUUUUAAACUUUGCUCCCUCCUCUCUUACUGGUAGAUGCCUCCGUUGUGUUCGACACGUUAAGCCCUUAAAUGGUUAUUGUAAUUGAUUGUGACUUUUCAUUUAUUGUGAAAAUAAUCGAUUGUAAAAAAAUGUGAAUAAAUAAAUAAAUGCUCAACCUCUUCAUAAAGAAAAA